CGAGGAAGAGGAGUGGCUAAUGGGAUUCUGUUCCUGCUGACACUCUGUCUGCAAGCCAACACAGGUCAAUGUCAAGCCACAGAUGAAACGGAACAAGGAAUGCACAAUGCAGUACAUUGAUUCAGCUCUCAGUCAAGAUACCCGACAACAUCUUCAGUCGAGGUGAGUAACAUCUUCAGUCAAGGUGAGUAACAUCUUCAGUCGAGAAGCACUACCACAGCCUGAUGUUCUGAGGUGAUUUCUGGUGAGGAGGAUGGGAGCAGGGAAGAGUGUAAAAGCAGAACGUUCGCAUGAGCUGAAAGAUGAGAAGAAAAAAGAGAAAUCUGAUUCCACCUCCACUUGCAGCUACCAAGACCGCUAUUCACGCCGCAGUCGGUUUUCACCCACUGAUCAAAUGACCGUUCAGGAGUCACCGAGUCACAACCCAGCAGAGGCCAACGAUUCAGACUCAGUCAAGCCCUGUGACCUGAGGAUAGUUCUGGUGGGGAAAACUGGAGCAGGGAAGAGUGCAACAGGAAACACCAUCCUGGGGAGGAAAGACGCCUUUAAAGCAGAGUUGUCUCCUGUGUCCGUCACUGCAGAAACAAGGAAGCAGAGUGCAGAGGUGGAUGGGAAGAUGAUUCAUGUGAUUGACACCCCGGGACUCUUUGACACCACAAUGUCUCGGGAACAGAUGGAGAUGGAGAUCGUCAGGUGUAUAAAAGAGACCGUCCCAGGACCCCAUGUGUUCCUGCUGGUGAUCAAACUGACGAGGUUCACAGAGGAGGAGAGGAACGCUGUGAAGUGGAUCCAGAAGAACUUUGGAGAAGAAGCCUCUAAGUACACCAUGGUGCUGUUUACUGGAAAAGAUCAGCUGGGCAGGAACACCAUUGAGGAGUUUGUGAUGAAGAGUGAAGCGCUCAAGGACAUCAUACAGAACUGUGGCAAUAGAUAUCAUUCUUUUAAUAAUGCUACUUUAAAGGACCGUACUCAGGUCAGAGACUUGCUGGAGACGAUGGAGGAGAUGGUGGAAGGGAAUGAAGAGAAAUACUACACCAACGAGAUGUUCCUGAGGGCCCAAGAGAUUCUGGAAUGGGAAAAUAAUGCACUUGUAAAGUUUGUCAAAUCCUUACCUAAACCGGUUCGCAUAAUGACCCAACCAGUCUGGGCCACGGCAUUUCUAAUACAUCAGAGAGGUAAAACAAUUAGCAUUUAUAAAAAAAUCAAAGAGUUGAUGUUGGGAACAGAUACCAUUGUGGAGGAUAUCAGAGGACCCACAGACCCAUCAGACACAGAAAAUGUUGUGACAGAUUCAGAACCCAAUACAGCCUCAAAUGGUUCUGUAUCAACACCAGCUGGCACAGAAUCAGACCCAGGAGCUUCUAUCCCCUCCUCCCCUAGACCCGCAUUCCAUAAGCCAGGCGCCACCAUUGUCAUCUACGUUCCAGAAAUUACAAAUCUAUCAGUUUAUCUGGCAGUGGGAGCUGUUCUAGUGUGCAUAUUUGCAGUGUACCUGUACACAGGUCUGCCUAGGAUGAGAUGAAAUUACAGGAAGUGAUGAGGUGAAGCGGAGAAUUCCUCCAGAUUACUGAAGUUGAUUAAGUGCUCCCUUAAUAUGAUUUUUCAACCAUUUUGCCGUACAUUGAAAUAAAAAUGUAAAACGUUGCAAUGUCGAAAGUUAGAAAUUGCAUUUCUAUUUAGACAUGACUGUGUGUGUUAUACUCAAUAUUAUACAGCCAGCCUGUGCAUUAAUAGAUUGCACUUGGAUAUCAGUUGGAGUGAGUGGUUUAACUGUAGCAAUUAUGCUGACACUAUUUGAAGCCUGGUUCCUCUCUAGGUUUCUUCCUUUGUUCCUCCAUUUCUAGAUAGUGAUCACUAGCCACUUUGUUUUAUGUCUCUGCCUCACUAGUUAUUUUGGGUUUUGUUUGAUUAUCUGUAAAGACCUUAGUGAGAAAUACUGACUCAAAGACGGCUUUACAAAAAUGUGACUAAUUGAAAUAUGAACAUUUUAUCACUUAUAAAUGAAUGAACAGACUGUGGCUAAGUAGAAUGCAUAUGGUGAUCCUUUUCAUUUUAUAAAGAUCUUUUUUCAUGUGACUGUAAGAACAAUAUCAUUUUAAAACUCUCUUUGCACGAACUACAUGAAAAUAGAUGUGUUUAUCCAUUUACAGAGUUAAACUGUGGAACACCUUGGACUAUGAGUUAAUGUGUUGCAAAAGUGUUUGUAAAUUUAAGAAUUUGUAUAAGAAAAAAAUACAGGAAUGUUACAAGAAAAAUGAUGACUAACACACUUAAAAAGUAAGUGAAAAGAUAGGUAUUAUUGUAAGUUACAGAAAAUGUUUGGUGCUUGGGGUGAGGUUUGGGUUUGGUUUAUUCAUAAAGUAGUUGUUCUUUUUGUUUUAUUUUGUUUAAUAUGUGCACAAAUAAGUGACAAGAAUUAUAAGAUUUUCUUCUUUCUGUUCUUUCUUUUUGUUGUUGUUUUCUUUUCUUCGUUCAUGCAGCGCGUGUGAAUGCGCAUGUUUAUGAAUGAAUUAAUGGAUAAGCAUAAACAUUUGUAUGUUUGUAUGUAUGAUUUUUGUGCAAUGAAAAAAAUAAAUAAACAUCACUCCAACACUGGCUUCCUGUCAAGUUCCGCAUCAAUUACAAAUGAUUAUUCAUUAUGUACAAGGCAUUGUAACUGAUGUGUAAUAAAUCACUUCCAACAACUGUCGUUGUUCUUGGUUUUGUCCCCAUUAUGUCCGCUGGCUCCCUCUAGUGGUGACAUUGAACACAACACCAGACAACAGUUCAGUGUCUGUUUCUAGACUAUAAAAUCCCACUUGGCCAUUCUCUGUGCAGCUCACGGCAAUUGCAAGUCAGGCGUUCUAGUCCAACAUCAGUGCCUGAUCUGCUCUUUAGGCUGAAUGGGCACAAAUGUCCAAAGAGACACAAUCUUGUGGAAAGCCUUCCCAGUGGAGGCUGUUAUAGCUGCAAGGAGGGGAAACACUGAACUUUACACAGAACAAUGUGGACCUCCCAAGUCUACUCUG